AUGGACAGCACUGGUACUACUAUUAGGAAACAAAAAAAUCAAGCUUAUGAAGAAGAAAAACUUCAUCAUACCCCUUGGGUUGAAAAAUAUCGUCCUAAAUCCCUUAAUGAUGUAUCAUCACAAGAACAUACCAUUAAAGUAUUAACUCAAACCAUUAAAUCAGGUAAUUUACCUCAUAUGUUAUUUUAUGGACCACCAGGAACCGGGAAAACUUCGACCAUAUUAGCAUUAGCUAAAGAAUUAUAUGGACCCAAUUUAUAUAAAUCUCGAGUAUUAGAAUUAAAUGCUAGUGAUGAAAGAGGUAUAUCUAUUGUUCGUGAAAAAAUUAAAAAUUUUGCUCGAUUAACAAUAAGUAACCCCACCAAAGAAGAUUUACAAAAUUAUCCUUGUCCUCCUUAUAAAAUCAUUAUAUUAGAUGAAGCUGAUUCAAUGACUAAUGAUGCACAAUCGGCAUUAAGAAGAACCAUGGAAAAUUAUGCUGGAAUUACCAGAUUUGUAUUGAUUUGUAAUUAUAUUACCAGAAUUAUUGAUCCAAUAACUUCUCGUUGUUCAAAAUUUAGAUUUAAAUUAUUAAAUAAUGAAAAUGCUCAAUUAAGAUUAAAAUAUAUUGGUCAACAAGAAAAUUUACGAUUUGAAUCAGAAAACAAUGAACAUCAAGUGAUUCAAGAAUUAUUGAAAAUUAGUGGUGGUGAUUUACGUAAAGCUAUUACUUAUUUACAAUCAGCGGCUAAAUUAAGUGAAACUUUUGAUAUUAAUCAUCAUCAAAGUUUGAUUACUAUUCAAUCAAUUAGAGAAACAGCAGGAAUAUUACCCGAUGAUAUUUUGGCCGAAUUAAUUCAAUUCAUAAAACUGAAAACUCAACAGUCUAGGUUGAUUAAAUAUAUUGAUCAAUCUAUUAUAUUAUCUGGUUGGAGUGCACAAAUAUUACUCGAUCAAUUACAUGAUAAAUUAAUUUUAGAUGAAUCAAUCAAUUCAUUACUGAAAAAUAAAAUUUCACAAAUUUUUUUCCAACUGGAUCGUAAAUUAAAUAAUGGUACUGAUGAACAUAUUCAAUUAUUAAAUGUUUUAUUACAAAUAUCACAAGUUUUAUAA